AUGAGCCACCUGCGUCGACUCGAUUCGCCCAGCAGCGGUGUUGCUUUUGUUGCCGGUGCCAACGGAAUUACUGGUCAUGCCAUUGUCGAUUAUCUUACUCGGCGUCCCGAAACUGAAUGGGUUGAGUUUGUUGCCCUGGACUUCUUGAGCUCUCCGGCGAGCAUUGUGGAGCAGAUCAAAGAACUCUGUGGAGGCGUCACGCAUGCAUUCUUCACGUCGUACAUCCACAGCAACGACUUCUCAAUCCUCUAUGAAAAGAAUGGCCCCUUGUUCAGAAACUUCUUGGAAGCUGUGGAUCAAGCUUGUCCGAAAUUGCAGCGUGUUGUUCUACAGACGGGCGGAAAGCAUUACGGAUUUCAAUUCCGAGAGCUGAACUCCCCACUCGUGGAAGAUAUGCCUCGAUAUGACGGACCUGAAUCCCUUUUCUAUUAUGAACAGGAGGAUGACAUGUUUGCUAUCCAAAAGCGUCGCCAAACCUGGAACUACAAUAUCAUUCGUCCGAUGGGAAUUAUUGGAUAUGCCUCUCAAUACAUUGGCAUCAACGAGGCUCUGCCUAUUGCUCAGUACUUCCUCAUUUGUCGUGAGCUCGGCGUGCCUCCCAAAUGGCCAGGAAGCUUGAACGGCUACCUUCGGGUCGAGAACCAGUCUUACGCCCCUAGCAUUGCUGACUUGACCGUGUGGGCUGCUACCCAGGAGUGCUGCAAGGAUGAGGCGUUCAAUCACGUCAACGGUGACGUGAUCGUCUGGAAGUUCCUUUGGCAUUUCCUGGCUGACUACUUCAAGACCCCGCUAGGCUCGAGUGAACCCACGGAAACCACUGAGCCCAUGGACAUGCUUGAGUGGGCCAAGGACAAGCGCCCUGUUUGGGAGAGCAUUGUGGCCAAGAAUGGCGGUGACCCCGACGCUUUCCAGCUGGACUCAUUCGCCCUGAUGAAUUGGUACAUCACACCUACUGGCAUGAAGUCACCACUCAUUAGCACGGUGUCGAAGGCGAGAAAGCUUGGUUGGUCCCGCUACGAUGACACUUACAGCACGUGGCUGAAGACUUUCGAGUCCUAUCAGACUGCUGGUGUCUUGCCUGCUUCUUAG